GUUUCUCAGCGCAAUACUCGAGUUUCUCAUUUUAGUCCCUCCCCCUGUGAAGCGAUUCGCCACAAGCAGCUCCGGCUCAUGACAAACUCGUCGGAGUAGACAGCGCUUCACUCCGAGGAAGUUUCGGACUUCACGGAUGGAGGGACAGGGUCGUACCGCUGAAAGAGGCGAGCGGUCCCGUCGGUUUCUGAUCACCUUGGAGGAUCUGGACUCUGUGUCUGAUGAUAUGGACUCGGAGAUGGUUAACCACAACAACGAGGAUGAGGAAAACGAGCAAGAUGACGGUGAUCUCUUCGCGUACUGGCAAGACGUCGGCCGUUGUCACCAAGUGGAUGUGCCAAGAGACAUGGAAGAACCAAUCCAACAGAUGACAAGAAAUAACCAAUCUCAAGAGAGGCAGGCAGUCCCAUUUACAUCAUUGGGUCAUAAAACAAAGGCUGAUGAGCCACUGUAUGAAAAACGUCAGUAUGAAAAAGCCAAAUGGGCUUGUGUAACCCAGAAUGAACCUCGCUAUGAACAAAGUAUAUGCAUGGGAUUUAUGAAAUUGAUGAAAUACAUUUGUCAACAAAACUCAUCAGGACUUUACCUGGGAAUGACAUUACCUAUUGUCACCAUUGUGCACACCAACCACAGCAGAUUAGAACUCCUGCCUGGAGUAACCAUUGCUUACUACCUCCCACCACAAUUCCAAGAUCAGGUUCCACAGCCCUUCGACACUGAUAUUGCCAUAGAAGAGUGGCCUGCUCAUGUCAUUUACACAAGAUCUUUUAAUGGCACCACUAAUGAAGAAGUUAUUUUACGAGAGAUCAACAAUCUAGCAAAUCAUCUAGACUCUCCCGAGUUGUUCCUACAAGAUACCUUUAUUGUAGCUGGUUACAACAAUCCUGCUGCUCCAAACCGUCAUAAUGAGAUAUGGUUUAUUCAGAGGCCUUGAGCAAAUAGUUCAUAUUUGGUUAAGGCCUUGUGCAAAGGCUUAUUUUGCAAAAACGUGUGUGUAUUAUGUGAUUGUAUAAGCUCAAGUAAAAACUUGCAUCAAUUAACCUUGCUACAUUAAUGAAUAUAAUGAGAUGAUCACAGGUUGAUAUUUAAAAGUACAGAUUAUUGUAGAAUCAGUUUGCCAUGAAUAAUCAUAUCACCAAAUAACAGCCAAAAUUUUUACAAUUCUAGUUAAAUCUGAUAGCACUGGAGAUCAGAAAUCAAUCCAAAUCACUGGAGCUAUGAGACAGCUGCACAAUCUACAGUGCCACUGUGCCAUCCAUUAAUAAAAGCAAAAUGUUUUUGAGAGAGGGCAAGGCUACAAGAGAAAUAGUCCUCCAAUUAAAUCUCAACAUUAUAUGCAUUCUCUCUCCUAGGAUGGAAUAGUGCUUCUGCAAGGAGUGCAGCUGCCCAAGCAACCCGAGUUCAACUCUGAACUCCAGCGUUGUCUGUGUGGAGUUUGCAAGUUCUGCCUAUGAGCACACAGGCUUCCCCAGAUGAUCUAGCUUCCUCCCCCAUCCAAAAAAUGUGCUGUUUAAGUUAAUUGACUAUUGUAAAUCGCUGCUAGAGUAGGUGGAUGUUAAUGGGCAUGUAUGACAGGAAAGCAAGUUGGAGAAUGGGAUCCUCUAACAGCUAGCAUCGACUCAACAGGUCAAUUAACUCCUUCCAAGUCAUAAGGUGAAAUGACAAUGAUAGUUCUCUUUCUCUGGAGGGAUAGAAAAUAACAGAGGGUAUCUAAUCUAACUAUAAUUAACCUAAUGUUUCUGGCAAAAUAAAUGUUUAUGAAAUAGAUUGUCCUUGAAUGGCAAAACUAUAGAAACAUUUGAAGGAGUACAAUGUGACUAUUGCUUUUCUUGCACAAACAGGUAGCAACAUUUACUUGUCAACUUAGAUCUCCUGUGCUAUUAUUGGACCUCUUAUCUUGGAUAGACCAGAAAACAUUAAGUGUCAAGUGAGAUAAAACUAUACUACACAAGCAGCAUUUGAUUCAAGGAGCCAGAAGAUUCUCCUCAUAUUAGAUACUUUCUAGUGCAUAUUAUCCCAUUUAAAGCACACAAUGCAGAAACUGUAUAGUGAUGACGUAAUGUAUAGCAGCUGUACAUAUAGCUGUUGACCAAAGUUUCCAAGCCACUGAAUGACCUCAAUAGUCAACAUGGCAAAUUGGCCACACUUUAGUUCAUAUUUAUGAAUGAAAUAUAAUAACCAAUGAUAAAGCACUCCUUUUAGUAAGAUUGUAAAAACAAAAACCAACUUAGUCUUUCACUCUCAGCCUCAAUGCUCAAUACCCAUUAAAACUUGAGGAACAUUUUAUGUUCUAACGUAAAGCAGUUAUUACAUCUCUGUAAAGAAGAACACAUUUAAAAUGACAAGUGUUUACAAUAGCUUUUGAAGUUCUUUCAUCAAUAAGAACUUACAUUUAUUGAAACAUCCUCAGGUGCUUAUUAGAACACCAUAAAAUUAAAAAAAAACCUGAUAUUGUGCCACCAAGAAAGAUAUUAAUACAGGUAACUAAAAGGCAAGGCUUUAAGAUGCAUCUUAAGGAGAGACACGUAGAGAAUUUUGAAAGGAUAGGGGGUGGGGGAAGAAGUUGUUUGAGGACUAAACAUCAAUGCAGAUGAAAACAGUUAUGGAGAGUGAUUAAAAUCAGAAAUUUGCAAGAGACUAUAAAUGAACCAGGAAGACUUAGAUAACUUCUGGGGCUGAGGUAGUCGAGAAGUGGUGAUGGUGCAGUUAGGUCAUGAUGGACAAGGAUUUUAAAAUUGAGGCAUUGUAGGGUUUCAGAAACCAAAUAAAUGUUCAUCGCUGCUUUAUUAGGUCAAGCUGAAUUAAUUGUUGAUUUAUUGUUACAAAGUGAAUCAAUAGAAGCUGGAUAGAAUUUCUGUAUAUGAUUGAAAGUUUAUCUUUAUUCUGCAGAUAUAUGUGUCGUAAAAGUUUAUAAAACAAGAUGAAUGGCUGUAAAGAGGUUAAGUUGUAAACAUAUCAAAAAUGUUUAUGCUUACGAAUUCAAAGAUGAAAUAAAAAUUUGCCUA